AUGCUGAGAACAAGAACCGCAAAGACCCUUGGCACAGUGGCGAGGACCACGAGAGCUGUUCAAUAUUACCGGUCUAUCACUAAGGCAGCUACAAUCCCUCAAAGGAGGCUCGCAUCUACUUUGGGCGUCCACGAUGUGGCGAAUAUUAAACCCGGCCACAUGAUCAAGACUCCAGCAUGGCAAGAGUUCCAACAUCAAUUGAAAAGUCCAAGAUACACGGAGCAGCUUUCAGAACUUAAUGAGCAGUUUGCUCGGUACUCGCUGGCUGCGAAUGACUACAAAGGUAUUCUGGCGAAGGAUGAUAGUACGCCUCAGAAAAAGGACGAAGAUGUUAAGAUAGUACCUGAAGAAAGAGAUACUGAUAAUGAUAUUGAGCCCACGCGAGAUGAUGAAACGACUGAUAAGAAUCAAGAAUCCGAAAUUUCUAAAAACUCCAAAAGCUCAGCUUCUGGAGGCGGACAAUCUUCAUCUAUUCGAUCAGACUCUGGAGAUGGCAACUCGAAACAGAAACCACCCAAGAAUGUGCCAGAAGUGUACCCGCAGAUGCUAGCAUUGCCUAUAGCCAGACGGCCCCUAUUUCCAGGUUUUUACAAGGCGGUUGUGAUAUCAGACGAGAGGGUUAUGAAGGCAAUCAAGGAAAUGUUAGACCGCCAGCAACCUUAUAUCGCUGCCUUCAUGUUGAAGAACUCAGAGGAAGAUACUGAUGUAAUCACAGACAAAGAUGAUGUGUACGAUGUUGGUGUUUUGGCUCAAAUAACCAGUGCUUUUCCAAGUAAAGACGAAAAGACAGGCACUGAAACGAUGACUGCUCUUCUAUAUCCUCAUAGAAGGAUAAAAAUUGAUGAGCUUUUCCCACCGAACGAAGAAAAGGAAAAUAUAAACGAACAGACGAAGGAAACGGACACUGAAACGACCAGUGCCGAGGCUACUGAGACCACAGAUGAACAGGAAAAUGCUAGACUCGCCACGCCCAAGUUGGAAGACAUCGUGGUUGAAAGGAUACCUGAUUCUGAACUGCAUCAAAAUAAGAGAAUAGAACAGGCUGAGGAAGAAUCUGACGAAUUAGAUGAUGUUCAAGAGGGUGAUGAUGUGAAUCCCACAGAAUUUUUAAAGGAUUACAAUGUGUCUCUUGUCAAUGUACUAAACUUAGAAGAUGAACCAUUUGAUAGAAAGUCACCCGUUAUUAAUGCUCUAACAUCGGAAAUCUUGAAAGUUUUCAAAGAAAUUUCUCAAUUAAACACCAUGUUCAGAGAACAAAUCGCUACUUUUUCAGCUUCAAUUCAGUCUGCCACAACUAACAUUUUUGAGGAACCUGCCAGACUGGCAGAUUUUGCUGCUGCUGUUUCUGCUGGUGAGGAAGACGAAUUACAAGAUAUAUUGUCGUCUUUGAAUAUUGAACACAGAUUGGAAAAAUCAUUGUUAGUCCUUAAAAAAGAAUUAAUGAAUGCUGAAUUACAAAACAAGAUAUCCAAAGAUGUAGAAACAAAAAUUCAAAAGAGGCAAAGAGAAUACUAUUUAAUGGAACAGCUGAAGGGUAUUAAAAGGGAAUUAGGAAUUGACGAUGGUCGUGACAAAUUGAUCGAUACUUAUAAAGAAAGAGUCAAGUCGUUAACAUUGCCUGACAGUGUUCAAAAAAUUUUUGAUGAUGAAAUAACUAAAUUAAGUACUUUAGAGACAUCUAUGUCUGAAUUUGGUGUCAUUAGAAAUUAUUUGGAUUGGUUAACAUCGAUUCCAUGGGGAAAGCAUUCCAAGGAACAAUAUUCUAUUCCAAGAGCAAAGAAAAUUCUAGAUGAAGAUCAUUAUGGUAUGGUAGAUGUUAAAGAUCGUAUUUUGGAAUUUAUUGCUGUCGGAAAACUUUUAGGUAAAGUUGAUGGCAAAAUCAUAUGCUUCGUAGGGCCACCAGGUGUUGGUAAAACUUCCAUAGGUAAAUCUAUUGCCAGAGCCCUUAACAGGAAAUUCUUCAGGUUUUCUGUGGGUGGUAUGACAGAUGUGGCUGAAAUUAAAGGUCACAGGAGAACAUAUAUUGGUGCAUUACCUGGUAGAGUAGUGCAAGCAUUAAAGAAAUGUCAGACUCAAAAUCCUUUAAUUUUGAUAGACGAAAUCGAUAAGAUUGGGCACGGCAGUAUACACGGUGAUCCUUCAGCAGCAUUAUUGGAAGUAUUGGAUCCUGAACAGAACAACAGCUUCUUGGAUAACUACUUGGAUAUUCCUAUUGAUUUAUCGAAGGUGCUCUUUGUUUGUACUGCCAACUCUCUGGAUACCAUUCCUAGACCCUUGCUAGAUCGUAUGGAAAUCAUUGAAUUAACGGGUUAUGUUGCCGAAGACAAGGUUAAGAUUGCCGAACAGUACUUGGUUCCAAGUGCUAAGAAAAGCGCCGGUCUGGAGAAUUCUCAUGUUGACAUGACAGAGGAUGCAAUUACAGCUUUAAUGAAGUACUAUUGUAGAGAAAGUGGUGUUAGAAAUUUGAAAAAACAUAUCGAAAAGAUUUAUCGUAAAGCGGCUUUGCAAGUAGUAAAAAAGUUGAGUAUUGAGGAUUCCCCAAUACCAUCAGACGAUAGCAACUCUAAGGAGAGUGCCUCCUCCUCCUCCUCCUCCUCCGAAGAGAACGCGAACAAGAAUACUAAGAGCUCAUCGAAAAAAAGUAAAGACAACGAUUUGGAAAAGACGAGUAAUGAUAUUAAAGCUCUAAAAACUUCAGAAAAGAUCAAUGUUUCCAUAUCCCAAGAAAAUUUAAAGAAUUACGUCGGACCUCCAGUCUACACUACGGAUAGGCUAUAUGAAACGACUCCACCGGGCGUGGUAAUGGGUUUGGCAUGGACUAAUAUGGGAGGCUGCUCACUUUAUGUUGAAUCCGUACUUGAACAACCUUUACACAACUGUAAGCACCCAACAUUUGAAAGAACCGGUCAACUGGGGGAUGUGAUGAAGGAAUCAUCAAGACUUGCUUAUUCUUUCGCCAAGAUGUAUCUAGCGCAAAAAUUUCCUGAAAACAGAUUUUUUGAAAAGGCUUCUAUCCACCUGCACUGUCCUGAAGGCGCCACUCCUAAAGAUGGUCCAUCUGCCGGUGUCACUAUGGCUACCUCCUUCUUAUCUCUAGCAUUAAAUAAAUCAAUUGAUCCAACGGUUGCAAUGACUGGUGAAUUGACUCUUACCGGUAAAGUCCUACGUAUUGGUGGUUUAAGAGAAAAAGCCGUGGCCGCCAAAAGAUCAGGUGCUAAGACCAUCAUUUUCCCUAAGGAUAAUCUGAACGAUUGGGAAGAACUUCCAGAUAAUGUUAAAGAAGGGCUAGAGCCUUUGGCUGCUGAUUGGUAUAAUGAUAUAUUCCAAAAAAUAUUCAAGGAUGUGAGUGCAAAACAAGGUAAUUCAGUAUGGAAAGCUGAGUUCGAAAUUUUGGAUGCUAAAAAGGAAAAGGACUAG